AUGACACCAAGAAGCAGAAAUCGAUCUGUAGCUCAGGCCGCCGCCGAGAAAGAAAGACAAGAAGGUUCUUCUGAUAUGGAAUCAGAAGGAGUCGAGGCUACUCCGCCUCCACCAAAGCAACUGGCUUCCGUCUCACAAUCCAAAGGGUCCAAAGGGGUAAGCAAGUUUUCUUUAAAGUUGAAGAGAUCUUCUCAUACGAAGAAGAAAUUUAGGUCUGGAGGUGCUUCGUCUAAGAAGAAAAGGGAUAAGAAGAAGGAACAGGAAGUUGAAGAGGAUCAAACCACUGGCAGAUUCCCCCAUGUUGAGGACUCCAAUAGAGAAAAGAAGAAGAAGAAGAAGGAAAAUACCGCUAACAUAGCUGUAGGUGAGAAGCUUAUUACGAAAAAUGGAGAAUCUACUUUGAAAAAGCCUCUGUUUCAAAGGUUAUGGAGUGAGUCAGAUAUAUGUACACUACUGAAAGGGUUGGUUGAGUAUGCUGAAGAGAAAGGGAUUCAUCCUGUUUCGGCCGACAAGAAUGGUUUUCACAAUUAUAUCAAAGACUCACUUGAUAUAGAAGUUACCAUAAGUCAAAUGUUUGAAAAGAUAAGGAGAUUGAAGAAGAAAUAUGAGACAAAUCUUAUGAAAGGAAGGAAUGGAGUUGAUAAAAAAUUCUCAACAGCUCACGAUUUGGAAGUUUAUGAAUUGUCAGCAGGGGUUUGGGGGAAAGGUAAAAAUGUUGAGGUUAAUGCUAACAUGGGUUUGAAGAAUAUGGAGGAGAAUGAUGAUGAGAAUCAGGGAGAAGGAAGAGGGUCAAAGAUGACGCUAAGGAGUGCGGUGAAGAAAAAGAUGAUGAAGAAAUUAAAAGUGAAGGAGGUUGAACAUUUGCUUCAACAACUAGAUCUUGAACAUAAACGGGCAACUCUUGAGUUCCAAGUCCUAUUAAGCAAGUAA